AUGAUCGAAGCCGACGACCUUUGCAUGAGCCACCAGAGCAUCGCACCGCUCUUAGCAAGUAUCUGGAAGUACAGCUCCAGUUAUGUUUCUUCGACACCCACAGCUGUCGAAUUGGCUGCCGGCCACCGUUACUGGCUGCCAUGCGGAUGUCUAGCGGAGGAAUGGAUAACCUUCUUCACCUUCGCCGAGGGAUGGCUCGAUUUAGCGCCGCCUGGAGUAAGGUCGGCCUACGAGGAAGACCUGGUCGACAACUUUGGAGUUUGGCCGAGCUUCGCGAGGACCAUGCAGGAUGAGACCAGUCUGUCCACCAAUUAUGAUUGGUUUCUACCAGGAGAGUUAUCUGAACAACUUGCUCCCCGUUGCUCGCAUUCUCAGCACUUGACCCACUCACAGACCCCGCGAGUUGCCGAAAAGACCCCAUACCCCGACGUCGCCAGAGACCCUUCAAACGGGACUACGCUCAAAGAUGGAUAUGGUCAGCCUAACUUGGCGCGCCGUAACAUUACAGACACAACCGGGCUGAGGAGAGGUCUGCUCCUGGGACAACUAUCAGAGACCAGUCCUCAUGCGCUCCGCCAGUCGUCUGCGGCUCCGUACUUUCCAAACAGCUGCACUCGUUCGAAGAUCUCGUAUCAUUUCAAAGCCGCUGAAGAGUGGCAAGAGGAGCAUCCAGACUUCGUUCCCACCGCCUCCCUUCGCAACGUCAGCAGAGACAGCCUCUUGAAAGGCGAGAACAGGAUACUGCACGACUUCUUCCUUUACAACAUGGGUGAUGGUGUGGCUCAUCCACCUGCUGGACGUCAAGCGCAAUUGUUGACGCGUGUCAUCGAGCACGUUCGAAGGGUCACCGGGGAUCGCCACGUUCGUCUCAGUCAAGCUGCUGCGUACGCAAGGCAGUACAACAUCACAGUACCGGUUAAUGAGCAGAUGAACGUCACAAACCUAGCUGUGGAGGACCAGUUGCCGUCGCCCGCGAGGCUUUUGGCGAUGAAGGCCGACUACUGGAACAAAUUCGGCGACCAUCCGUAG